GUGUGUAACUGCAGUGCCGAGGGCUCGAGUUCGUCUCAGUGUGAGCUGCAGUCGGGUCAGUGUCGCUGCAGGCCACACUUCUCCGGUCUCAAGUGCGACCGCUGCGCUUUGGGCUACAAAAACUUCCCAGAAUGCACCGCCUGCAACUGCAACCCCAGCGGCACGCGAGAGGAGUUCUGCGACCCGGCGCUGGGAGUGUGUGGAUGCGAGGAUCACGGCCGCUGCUCCUGCAAGGAGAAUGUUGGCGGCGGCGGCUGUGACGAGUGUAAGAGCGGGACGCUCGGUCUGACGGCGCAGAAUCCGUCCGGCUGCAGUCCGUGCUUCUGUUUCGGUGUGUCCAGCGUCUGUGAGGAGCGCGGCGGUUUGAUCCGAGUGCCGAUCACGCUGGGCUCUGCUCCGGCUCUGCUGCGUGUCGUGUCUCAGAGUGACCUGCAGGGGACGCUGGAGGGCGUUUCUUACAGCGAUCAAGAGAUGCUGCUGGAUGCGUCUCACCUCCACAGUCUGUCUGUCCUCACCGGCCCGUAUUACUGGAGACUCCCGCAGAAAUACCACGGUAACAAGAAAUACCAUGGUAACAAGGAGCAAACACCACAGUACACCCCGCAGAAAUACCACGGUCACAAGGAGCAAACACCACAGUACACCCCGCAGAAAUACCACGGUCACAAGGAGCAAACACCACAGUACACCCCGCAGAAAUACCACGGUCACAAGGAGCAAACACCACAGUACACCCCGCAGAAAUACCACGGUCACAAGGAGCAAACACCACAGUACACCCCGCAGAAAUACCACGGUCACAAGGAGCAAACACCACAGUACACCCCGCAGAAAUACCACGGUCACAAGGAGCAAACACCACAGUACACCCCGCAGAAAUACCACGGUGGGCGGUGCCAGGUGUGUCAGUGCAGCCGGGCGGGGUCAGUGCACGGCGUCUGUGACGGACGCACCGGGAGCUGCGAGUGUAAGCCCGGGGUCAGAGGUCAUCUGUGUGACCAGUGCGAGGAGAGACACGUGCUGGUCAGCGAGCAGUGUGUGUCGUGUGAUGACGACUGCACCGGAGCGUUGCUGGACGAUCUGGACGCUUUAGACGGGUCCAUCGCCUCUCUGAACCUGUCGGGGGUCGUUCUCGCUCCCUACAGCCAGCUGAUGACCCUCGAGAACCAGACCGGAGAGGUCAAGAGUUUGAUGUCGUGGAAGCAGAGCUCAGAUUAUCGGCUGACCGCAGGAGAGGAACAUGUGAGCAACCUGACCAAUCACAUCACUGACCUUCAGCAGCAGGUCCAGAGUGUGUUUGAUGGAAGUGAAGAUGUGCUGCUGAUCUCAGAGGAGAGAUUCACUCAGGGCAAACAGCUGCUGGACCUCAUCCACAACAUUCAUUCUGCCAUCCUCGGCCUGACGGAGCAGCUGCGUUCAGUGAAGGUGACGGUGAACGAGGGUCUGGAUGAGAUGAACAGCAGGUUCCUGCUGGAGGAGACGAGCGGCUCGCUGGAGAAGAUCAGGACCUUCAGUCUGACACACUGCAGAUCGACUGCGGAAGAUGAGUUCAGGUCUGCAGUGUCUGUGCUGGAGAAGGUUCAGGAGGAGAUGUCAAAACCGUUCAGUCACAACCGCUUCAGACAGGAGAACAUCUCCACAACCCUCACCACACACAGCCAGCGGCUCCUGCAGGUCCAGGAGGCCCUAAACACAGCCGAGAGCCACAGCAACCACAGCAGACACCUGCUCGACGACAUCCAGACCAACCUACAGACGCUCACAACGUCUGAGUCCGAGCACUCGCUGACUGAGCAGGGGAAGACAGCGCUUCAGAAGAGCUCAGAGAUUCUGGACACCAGCGGAUCCCUGAAGAACCACACAGAAGCUAUUAAAGUGGCUGUUUCUGCGGAUAAGGAUUGCGUGCGAGCGUACAGACCAGAGGUGAGCUCCAGUAACUUCAACACACUCACGCUGACCAUGAAGACCAGCGAACCGGACAGCCUGCUCUUCUACAUGGGCAGCAGCAGCGCCAGCGAGGAUUUUAUGGCUUUGGAAAUGCAUCAUGGGAAGGUGUCCUUCCUGUGGGACACUGGCUCUGGACUCACCAGACUAGAGUAUCCCAGCGUUCAGAUCAACAAUGACAAGUGGCACAGGAUCAAUGCGACGCGGUUUGGGAGACACGGGACCCUCACUGUCCAGCAGACGGACUCUGAGCCGCUGCCCGCAGUGAAGACCACAGCGUCUGGGUCCUCCACCGUCAUGGACGUCAACAAAUCCACCUGGGUGUUCGUCGGGGGCCUCGGCGCUCAGGUGAAGAAACCCCCAGCGGUGAGAAUGACCCACUUCAGAGGCUGCAUUGGUGAAGCUUCGCUCAACGAGAACAACAUCGGCUUGUGGAACUACGCUGAGAGACAGGGAGGGUGCGGCGGCUGCUUCAUGAGUCCACGCACUGAAGACACGUCAUUCCACUUCGACGGCAGCGGUUUCUCUGUGCUGGAGAAGUCCCUGCGCUCCAUGUCCACCAGCGUGGUCAUGUUCUUCAAGACUCUCUCUCCUAACGGCCUGCUGCUGUAUCUGGCCUCCAACGGCACCAGGGACUUCCUGUCCAUCGAGCUGGUGGAAGGGAAGGUUCACCUGACCUUUGAACUGGGCUCCGGAGUGCUGACCUUGACCUCCAACAGAACAUACAACACCGGCACCUGGUACAGAAUCGCCCUGCAGAGGAACAAGCGCCGAGGUCAUUUGUCGGUCAUGGCUGCUGAUAAACCCUCAGAGCGAGAGGUCAUGGAGGCGGAGUCACCGGGUUCGUCCUCUGACCUCAAUCGCUCUGACCUCGACCCCAUCUACAUCGGCGGAUUACCGGCCUCUCGACCAAUCAGGAGGCAGGUUGUGGCUCGCUCUUUCGUCGGCUGUGUGAAGAAUGUAGAAAUCGCUCGCACAAACUUCGACCUGCUCAGAGAGUCGUAUGGAGUGAAGAAAGGCUGCGUCCUCAAGCCCAUCCGCAGCGUGUCGGUGUUCGGCGGAGGUUUUCUGCAGAUGCCUGCCGUCCUCUUGGCUCCUCACACGGAGAUCAUGAGCAGCUUCUCCAGCAGACGAGAGCGCGGCGUGAUCCUGGCGGGAUUCAGCAGCAGCGAGGGACGCUCGCGCCGACACACGCAGCAGCCGUUCCUGGUCGUGAUGCUGGUGUCCGGAUCGCUGGAGGUUCAUGUGGGCGGGGCCGAGGGCGGGGCCAUGCACAGAGCAGUCGUCAAAUCACAGAACGGCUCCUUCAGUGACGGACAGGAGCAUUCGCUCAUACUGCAGAGGAACAAAAGGUCCAUCGCAGUGUUUGUGGACGAGCAGAACCAGGCGACGGUGAAGCUGGGCUCGUCUGCAGAUAAAGCUCUGGCUCUGGAGCGGCUCUUCAUCGGUGGCGUUCCUCCGGGAGAGACGGGAUCCAGCGACUCCUUCUACGGCUGCAUCAGGAACACAGCGGUGGACGGCAUGCUGCUGGAUCUGUCUGCUGCUCUGCGCUAUGAGGACGUGGACAUGGACAGCUGUUUACUAGAGGAGAGACCCAAACGUGUGGUUCUGCCUGAUGAGCUGGAGGCGGAGCCGACCUCUGACCCCGCCACGCGACCCCUGUCACCCCCGGUGGAGCUGAGCGCGCUCACACCCGGCAGCAGCAGCUGUGCAGCGGCGGAUCUCACAGAAACCAUCCCAGAAUCCCUGCAGUUCGGACUGUCCCGACACAGUCACGUGAUCAUGGGCUUCAAGAACAAGACGGUCAGAACCAGUUUUGCGGUGAAGCUGUCGGUUCGGACGUUCGCUCACAGCGGCGUUCUCUUCUACAUGGCCAACGCAAACCAGCAGGAUUACGCCGUUCUGCAGGUGCUGGGGGGGCGUGUGCUGCUGUCAUGUGACCUGGGGAAAGGCCCCGCCCACAUCACGCUGGCCACGCCCAUCAACGACGGCCUCUGGCACACCGUGAAGGCGGAGUUCAGUAAGAAGACGGUGAUGGUCAGUGUGGACGGGACCGAAUCGGACCGCACACACACUAAAGGACACACGCUAGACGUGGAGGGGAAGUUGUACAUCAGCGGACUUCCUGCCACAUACACCGCCAGGAGAAUCGGAAACGUGACACACAGUCUGGCGGCGUGUCUGCGGGACGUGAUGUUCAGCGGCGUCCAGAUGAAGCUCAGCGCUGCGCUGUCGUCUCACGCCGCGGGCUCCUGCUUCAGACGCGCUCAGAGCGGCAGCUUCUUCAGCGGCAGCGGAUACGCCGCUUUCAUGAAAGAGGGCUAUAACGUGGGCUCGGACGUCUCCGUGAGUCUGGACUUCCGCUCCACGGCGCCAGAUGGGGUUCUGUUGGGAAUCAGCAGCACUAAAGUGGACGCCAUCGGCCUGGAGCUCGUCAACGGACAGGUGGUGUUUAACGUGAAUAACGGCGCGGGCCGGAUCACUGCGCGCAGCAGGAGCGCUGUGUCCAUGUGUGACGGCCGCUGGCGCACCCUGGUGGCCAAGAAGCAGAAGCACAGCUUGAGUCUGACCGUAGACGGUGUGACUGUGACCGCGGAGAACCCGUACUCAUCCUCCACCUCAGCCGAGACCAAAAACCCCAUCUAUGUGGGCGGAUACCCAGCGGACGUGAAGCAGAACUGUCUGAGCUCCAGAGAGCCGUUCCGCGGCUGCAUGAGGAACCUGCGCGUCUUUAAGGGCCACGUCACCGAUGAGCUGGACUUCAGCGCCGCCUUCGCUCACCCACACGUCUUCCCUCACUCCUGCCCGGAUAACGCUGCGUAAACGCCUCCGGUUCAUGCAAACACAGCUCAGUCCUUUUGUACUGAGGAUGGUUUUAAUAGUCCUGCAGAUGGUUUGUGAAUUUUGACUCAUAACAGGUUUAGAUUUGAUACUUGUUCAGGGUUUCUGCGGGUCUUAAUUCACCCUUUCACAGAUGAACGCCUUAAAAAGGUGUUAAAUCAGAGCAGAGAGUCUUAAAUUCAUUAAGUCGUGGCAUUAAGUGUUGCAUGCACUGGA